AUGGAGUUUCAGGGCAAAAAGACGGCGCCAACCACUGCAAUUGAGAUCGCCUUUGGGGCGAUGACCAUUGGAAAAGAAGGCAUUGAACAAGUCCGCGUCUCCGACCUCAACAUCGCCAAUGCCAUCGUCGACACUUUCCAACAACAUGGCCAUUCUGAGAUCGACACCUCUCGCUUCUACGGAGAUGGUAGCAGUGAGGAAUAUAUUGCCGCAAUGGGGUGGAAGAAACGUGGUCUAGUCGUGGACACGAAGUUCUUCCCCAACACACAGGGGAUGUGGGGACGUCGUAAAACCCAGCUCGUGGUUGCAGAUAUGCGUCAAGCCCUUGAAGAGUCGCUCAAAGCGCUCAAGACCAACAGUGUGGACCUAUGGUAUCUACAUUCCCCAGACAGGACUGUGAAAAUUGAAGACACCCUAAAGUCUGUGAACGAGUUACAUAAGGAAGGGAAGUUUAACAGAUGGGGACUUAGUAACUUCAUGUCAUGGGAAGUUGCGGCCAUCUGUGAGAUCUGCGAGAAAGAGGGAUAUCCUAAACCAUCCGCCUAUCAGGGUGUAUAUAACGCUCUUCACCGAACCGUAGAGCAUGAGCUCUUCCCUUGCCUUCGCAAAUACGGAAUACAGUUCUACGCUUAUAAUCCCCUGGCUGGCGGAUACCUGACAAACCGCUACCAUCGCGAUAUACAGGAUUCCGAGAUCGAGAAGGGAAGUCGUUUCGAUCCGAAGCAUAUACAGGGCCAGAUGUACAGGGCUAGGUAUUGGCAUAACGAGUUCUUUGACGCGUUGGAGAUUUUGAGGCCCGCUGCGGCGAUGCAUGGCCUGAGAGAGAGCGAGUGUGCGCUGAGGUGGAUGAUGCAUCAUUCGCAACUGAAGAGAGAGCUUGGGGAUAAGGUCAUUAUUGGCGCAAGCAGUGAGGAGCAACUCAGCCAGAAUCUGAAAGACUUUGAGCUAGGUCCAUUACCGGAAGACGUGGUAGAAGCGCUGAACAAGGGGUGGGAAGUGUGCCGGGGUAAUGCUUGGCAAUACUUCCGUUAG